AUGGAUCUUCAUGAGCAACUCAGCCAAUGGUACGAGAAGAUUCAACGCUUCGACGAGGAAUGCCAUCUCCUGUGCCCACGCAUCAACGACGAGGAUAAUGAAAACUACAAACUCAUGGACGACCCCGACUCAUCGAUUACGCAAGAAGAAAAGAAUAAUCGGAUUAAGGCAGGAAAGGAGCGACUAGAAGUCACAUACUGGAAUUGCCUGAUUUUCGGCUUCGAUCAAUCAAGCCAAGGGAAAUGGGGAGAGCAGCUCAGCGAAAGGCUUAACGGUUGCUUAAAGCAUUGCGCAGAUUGUGUCUAUAAUUGGCAUAUGCAACGCAGAGAACUCUUGCAGCAAUUCCAAGAACGAUGGAACGAAGAAGUUGUAGUCGAUAUUCGGUCGAUGUUGGAGCAGAGAGAUGUUGAACGAAUCGACCUAAGCCUCCGAUGGGCUAAGGGGUUUAUUGAGAAGAUCAUUUCAGAAGGCUCUACUUUCAAGAAAUCCCAACUCGGUGAGCAUCUACCCGAGGUCCAUAUCUCUAUAUACGAGGCACUAUGCUGCAUGCCGUAUAUGGAGGAUGCUGAUCGAAGGAUGACCUUUCAGUAUGUUUUCCAGCGACUUCAAGGGAAAAGUGGCCUCAAGCUUGGGACCAAGGAGCCUUUGCCUGGAAUGACCUACUUUAUCUUUGAUCUCAAAAACCAGGAUCGCCGAAAAUGGGCAACAGAUAACUAUCGAAACCUUGACAGCAAUAGUAUGACAUUAGAACAGUUCGACUGGGCUGUGAGCAAUGGUCUGACAAGGGCGAUUGAGGAUAUUUCCAAAAAAGAGGCUUCAGCUGUGGACUCAUGGCCUGAAAUGGCGCAAUUCUGGGAAGGAUUCAAUGAAAUUCUAAGGACCUUGACUGCGGACGUCAUUCUGCAGCGGUUGCGGAAUCUUGAACUGACCGGCACAAUCAGUCACAUCUACGACCUUCUGUUCCGCCAUAUCCAGUUCUGCCCUGCAGAGAGUGUCUUGGUGAUGGCCAUCACAAUCCUCACAAACUUUCUAAAGAAGGCACCCAGGGCUUUUUGGGAUGUUAUCGGCGAUGCCCGGCCAAAUGUUAUCGCUGACCUAAUCUUUGCGAGUCCCGGAUACAAGAAUCUCCUUCGUCAAUCUUUAGAAGACUGCUGGACUGGCUACGAUGGUAGCAUUUCCCGUGGCCCCUUUCCCACGUCUUGGAUUGACCCAUGGCUCCAGUCAGUCGGCCGCGAUCGCAGGUAUAACGCUUGCGAGAUCUUAAUGCACACUCUCUUCGAAUCACUUGCGAGAGACGAGACUAUUGGGGAACCGGGCCGCGCGGCGUGUAUCCGAGCUGGAUUUGAUGCUUUACAGCUUACCAUAUCAACCUUUGUCGACCCAGAGACGAAGAUUGGCGCGGGAACCACUCAUCUCUACGCAUGCUGUGCAUUCAACCUCGUUAUGAAGUACAAAGACAUCAUGCUCCGGAAUUUGCGUGCCCCUGGCGAUGAAAGGGAAGGCUGGGUCACCUUUCAAGUAGCAAAUGCAGCUAAAAAGGUCAUGCAAGCUGCCAUGAAACUCGAUAUGAAAGUCUUCGCGGAGGAGUAUAUAGCUUGCUUGGAGGGCAGCCAGCUGCAAUCCGCUGUCACCCGAGACUCAAAAGCUUUCUGGCAAGGUAUCAUUGAGAUGUUCGAUUUGUCAACCGAGCAGGUCGAUCUUGCGAGAGAUAUUGUCUUGUCGCUAGAGCCCUUGAUUGGUGUGGAACAGAUCAGGGCCUUGAAGAGCGACGAUAAACUGAGUGAUUCGAGCAAGAACUUCAACAAGUCUCUUGCUGCAACAAUGGAUAUUCUUGGGAAUCUUCUCGGUCGAAUGUCCGAAAUAGAUCCUGCCACAGACCUGAAUACCUUUUUUGACGAUCGCCUGGCUUUCCAAGGUACUAUUACACUCUCUACCCAUGGAGAAGCAGGACUUGCUGAAGCAGCUGCUCAGCUGCUGAAGAGCUGGACCGGAGAGAUUUCCCAGAGCGGCGCCUUCGAGCAAAUGUCACAGCUGCACCCUGAACAGACCCUCUCCUCCAUAGUAUGGGUCCUAGAGCGAGUUUUGAAACCUCCAUACCCCUGGGGUCCCAUCAGGCCCAUGCUAAAUAUGAGUCGAGAUAUCCUCCGUGGUUUGACUGACCCCAUAUCCGGAGUCUUGCGAGUCAAGACCCUUGAGCCUAUGUCGGCUGCGAAGGUCUUACGUUGGUGGAGUGAACAGUGGCGUUUUGUCUCUACUGCGUGCAGAAACAUUGAGGGGUGGUCUCGAUACAUCCAGAACGCCGUCAUGACAGAAUUCUGCCGAGAAAUCAUGGAACUGGCUGAAGCCCUCGUCGCUGAAGAUGGUCUCAUCACAUCGGCGAUUUCCAAAGCUUUGAACAAAAGUGAAAAGGAUACUAUGUCGCAAAUUCUUAUCCCUGCCAAGCAACACUUUGGUGGAAUGGAGAACAUGAUUCGUCUGAAGGACAAGUGGCUCGUUGAUGUCACAGUCAGAGUCUUGUGCAAGAUUCUGACCCGACUUCGAGAAAACAACCAUGAGAUCAACCCUGCCUCCCGCAAGCUUAUCACCGAUGCUUGCCUACCUACAAAUGUCCCGGGCAAGUUUGUCAGGUCAACCAAUAUGACUGACCAGCAGCGAGCAGAACUUCUUCAAGCCCUGGGACAAACAGAUGAUGAAAUUCAAAUCUACCAGCUCGGUGUUGCGCAGACACCAUUAGUACAGAGACCCAAACAUGGGGUCAAGAAACAAAGCAAACUUGACGCUUGGUCCAAGUCUGGCGCAUCAUCAAGAUCUAAUCGUGAUGACGUGCUCGAUCUCAGCAGGUCUAUAGACAGCCCCAUGCUUAGGCAGCUGGAGGCCAAGAAAGUUAAGGAUCAGGGAAAGUCCAAAUCAAAGGCUCAAGCUAUGAUCAAGCCUAGAACACAGAUUGCCCCUGAUAAGAAGGAGAUCGCGGCGAUCAAGGAAGCCAGACAAAAGGCCAAACUUGAAAAAGAGAAGCGCGAUGCUGCGGUCAUAGCGAACGCCAAAGCUCUCAGGGGAGAAACUGUCCCUGGUGAGGGUUCCGGCUUGCUUAGUCUCGGCCUCAUCGGCAAGGAUCAUGGCCGAAGUGAGAUAAUGGUAAACAGUUCCGAAGAAGAAUCUGAUGAAGAGGAAGAUGUAUCAGAUGCCGAUAACGAACUAGCUGCCCUUAGUACGGGAGGCCAGACAGCUUUGGAAGAAGCUAACAGGCGGCGCAUUGCAAAGGCUUUGCAAGACAAAAUGCGUAGACCAGUGAAGAAGGUUAGACAGCAGCGCUCAGUCAAGGAUAGGAGAGCCAGAGUCAUCCCUCCCAUGGACAGGUUACACAACACAGUGCUAGCCUGGGACAUUUUCCAUGGUGGUAACGAUCCACCCAAUGGUCCAGCAGCUUCAGAAGUUGCCAACAAGUAUUCUGAACCCAGAAUGUACCAGGAUACCUUUUUUCCCUUGCUUGCCUCAGAAGCUUGGCGCUCUUUUGUCACAGCCAAGGAUGAGCUCACGUCUCAGCCAUUUGGUAUGAAAAUUGCAAGCCGUGCGAGCGUCGACAGCUACUUGGAGGCGACCUUCACGAUGCCAGUGGUCCAAAGCAGAGAGCGCGGUGUUUUUGAAGGCGAUAUUCUUCUCAUCUCAGAAUCGGAACAACCUUUGAUCGAUCAGACAGCUAGACAUUGUUUGGCUAGGGUUCAUCGCAUCACCUACAAAAAGGAGCUGAUCGAGAUCACAUAUCGUGUGGCUUCCCGAAACAACCCCAUGACACAGGUGUUGACCCCGAAUGUUAGCGUCUUCGGAGUGAAGAUCACUAACAUGACAACAAUCGAGCGAGAAUUCGCUGCGCUGGAGAGUAUGCCGUAUUAUGAUUUAAUGGACGAAAUUCUGAAUGCUGAGCCGUCUCCUAUUCUGCAAUAUGGAGACGAGAAGAUAAACAACUGUAUGGACAAUUAUGCUCUUAACCGGGGACAGGCUAUGGCGGUUCUAGGCGCUCACGACAACGACGGGUUCACGCUUAUUCAGGGCCCUCCCGGUACUGGAAAAACGAAAACCAUUGUGGCCAUGGUUGGAACCUUGCUCUCUGAGCAACUGAGUCAACCAGGCAAUCAAGGCAUUCCCAUGGGCGUACCUCUGCGACCGAACAGUGCACCAGGGGCACCCAAACAAAGCCGUUCCAAAAAGCUCCUUGUUUGUGCACCCAGUAACGCCGCCGUAGAUGAAUUAGUGCUACGUCUGAAGGCUGGUGUCAAAACGAUCUCGGGGAAAACCAAGAAUAUCAACGUGCUACGACUCGGUCGGAGUGAUGCCAUUAAUGCAGCUGUAAGGGACGUCACCCUAGACGAGCUUGUCAAAGCCCGCAUGGAGGGUGAUCAGAUCAAGGAUAAAGCCAAAGCCGACCGUGACCAACUCCACGAGAAUGCCGGGAAGGUAAAGGAAGAGCUGGGAAAACUGCGUCCCCAGCUGGAAGCAGCAAAGCUCAUGGACGAUCGAACCCUCUACAACAAGCUAUCCCGAGAAUUCGACGAACUGAAGCGACGCCAAAUGUCCUAUGGAAAACAAAUCGAUGCCGACAAGAGCAGCGGCAAUUCUGUAGCCCGAGAGAUGGAAAUGCGGCGCCGCCAAGUCCAGCAGGAGAUCCUCAAUAACGCUCAGGUCCUGUGCGCUACUCUGAGUGGCAGUGGUCACGAGAUGUUUCGAAACCUGGAGGAUGUUGAGUUCGAAACUGUCAUCAUUGACGAAGCUGCUCAGUGCGUCGAGUUAAGUGCCUUGAUUCCGCUCAAAUACGGCUGCUACAAAUGUAUCCUCGUUGGAGAUCCUAAACAGCUCCCCCCUACAGUUCUGUCACAGUCAGCGGCGAAGUUCGGUUACGAUCAAAGUCUGUUCGUCCGAAUGCAGCAAAACCACCCACAAUCGGUGCAUUUGCUGGACAUGCAAUACCGCAUGCAUCCUGAGAUCAGCUUGUUCCCCAGCCGCGAGUUCUACGAAGGACAACUCGCCGACGGACAGAACAUGCAUGAGCUCAGGCAACAGCCCUGGCACAAGAGCGCACUACUUGGUCCCUAUCGAUUCUUCGAUGUCCAGGGUGUCCAGGAGAGGGGCCACAAGGGCCAGUCACUGGUCAACACCAAGGAGUUGGAUGUUGCUAUACAGAUGUACGAUCGCUUUAGUAACGAGUACCGCGAAUGCGACUUGACUGGCAAGAUCGGUAUCAUCACUCCUUACAAAGCUCAACUUUAUGAGUUAAGAAACCGCUUCCGUUCGCGAUAUGGCGAGAGCAUCACCAGCAUAAUCGAGUUCAACACCACCGAUGCUUUCCAGGGUCGUGAAUGUGAGAUCAUCAUCUUCUCUUGUGUUCGUGCCAGUUCUACUGGCGGUAUCGGUUUCAUGACUGAUAUUCGACGUAUGAACGUCGGUCUGACUCGUGCCAAAUCAUCGCUGUGGAUUCUUGGUGACUCGAGAGCGCUUAUUCAGGGCGAAUUCUGGCGAAAACUUAUUGAGGAUGCCCAGGCCAGAGAUCGCUACACCAAUGGCGACGUCUUAUCUAUGUUUAGGAAGCCCCUCGAAAAGGCAAAGCCGGGCGCUUACCUUCCCCCACCACCCCAAGCUCCGGACCGUGAUGUUCCAAUGCGAGAUGCAUCUUUGGGAACGUCGUCACUGCCCUCAUCUCGUCCAAACUCACCAAGGGUCGAGGGAGCUCAGCAGCCGACGGCUCCCGCAACUCACAUACCUGGCAUUGCAGGAGGUGAACCGACUGGGGUUCUGCCACGCUUUGCUGGGCCUCCUGUCAUUCAUACUUCGUCAAGCAAGCCUCCAGGAGAAGCACGAAAGCGACCUCAUGACGGACCAGAUUCAAACCAGCCAGUUCCUAAAAGGAUAGCAAGUGACAAGGCUCGGGGCGGUGGACUCAUGGGCAAGUUUGGGAAUAAGUCGCACCGGCCGCCCAAGGCUCCCACCGACCCUUCGGCAAUGUCAGUAAUGGGUCUGGUGCCACCUGAGAGACCGCCUGCAGCAACACCAACUGGUCCCUCAUUAUCAAGCGGACCCCAAGCCCCAACAGGACCCAGAAUUCCGACGGGACCUUCAAAUCCGGGACCGCAAUAUAGCAACAACCAGCAACGACGCCCACCUUACCCGCCUUCCUCUCGCAAGAAAGGGAAGCCAAAUCUCUUUGUCCCAAAGAAACGGUGA